GACGUUGCUUCCAAGGAAGCAUUCUGUUUUGAAGGCGAAAAAAUCAAUUUCUUGUGCUCGAAGUUCAGUGAAAAUUGGUGAAUAUGUCUAGGGAAGAGGAUCUCCAAGUGAUACCUGAUAUUAUUUAUGAUGACCAUACGAAAACUAAAUAUAAAAAAGGACGUUUUUUCGGCAAGGGUGGAUUCGCAAAAUGUUAUGAGAUAACAAAUGUCGCCAACAACCAAUCAUAUGCUGGCAAAAUAGUAUCUAAAAAAUUGAUGGCCAAACAAAACCAAAGAGAAAAAAUGACACAGGAAAUCCAGAUCCAUCAGUCCCUGAGAAAUAAGAAUGUUGUUGGCUUCUAUAAUUUUUUUGAAGAUCAGUACAAUAUUUACAUAGUCCUAGAGUUGUGUAGAAAAAGGUCUAUGAUGGAACUCCACAAAAGAAGGAAAGCUCUAACUGAACCUGAAACUAGAUUUUAUAUGAAGCAAAUCCUGAGUGGUGUUCACUAUCUCCAUCACAAUAGAAUUAUCCAUAGGGAUUUGAAACUAGGAAAUUUAUUUUUAAAUGAUGACUUGAUAGUGAAGAUAGGUGAUUUUGGAUUAGCUGCUAAGAUUGAAUAUGAAGGGGAGAGAAAAAAGACUCUUUGUGGCACUCCAAACUACAUAGCUCCUGAAAUUCUGAGCAAGAAGGGCCACUCCUUUGAAGUAGACAUUUGGUCUAUUGGUUGCAUCAUGUAUACAUUGCUAAUAGGAAAGCCACCCUUUGAGACAGCUACCUUGAAGGAAACUUAUGCUAGAAUCAAGAAAUGUGAAUAUAAAAUAACUGCUAACAUUUCUGGUUAUGCCCAGCACAUGAUAAUGCUGAUGCUGCAAUCUGAACCUAAGAGUCGCCCCAAGGUAGAGAUGUUGAUCCAACAUGAUUUUCUAGUGAAUGGAUAUUGUCCUGCUAAUUUGCCUGUUAGUGCUCUUACAAUGGCCCCAAGGUUUGACAAGGUUGAUACUUCUAUGAGAAAACCACUGCUUGAAAUCAAUACUGGAGAUGCUAUGAUGACCUCCCCAAACAGAAAACAUGAUUCUAUUGCUGCUGGAGCAGUAAUGUCUUCUGUUUUCACAUUUGAUGCAAGAAGCAAUUUCAAUAAACUUAAAAUGAUGUUAUUGAAGGUAUUGAAAUCAAAACCUGCCAGGAAUCAAAAAUUCCUCGACGAGAAUACUGAUCCGGCAGCCCAGCCUAUGGUGUGGGUCUCAAAAUGGGUAGAUUACUCUGAUAAAUAUGGCUUUGGGUACCAGCUGUCAGAUGAAGGUGUUGGUGUCAUGUUCAAUGAUACCACCAAACUCAUCAUGUUGCCCAAUGGACUGAACGUCCACUACGUGGACAGGAACGGCGAUGAGUCCUACAUGACGGUGGACACCUACCCCAAGCAGUAUGACAAGAAGAUGAAGCUGCUGUCGUACUUCAGCCGCUACAUGCGCGAACACCUGCUCAAGACGGGCGCCUCUGUGGUGAAGGAGAUCGAUUCGAUGUCGCGGACGCCGCAUCUGCACCAGUGGUGUCGGUCGACGUCGGGGGUGCUGAUGCAGCUCAACAACGGCACAGUGCAGAUGAAUUUUGGAGAUCAUACAAAAAUAAUUAUGUGCCCUCUGAUGGCUGCCAUCACCUACAUCGAUGAAGACAGAUCGUUCCGCACAUUCAAAUUCGACAAUAUCGAGAAUCACGGUUGCAGCGUUGGUCUAUACGACAAAAUGCGUUACGCCUACGACAAAAUCACUGUACUUUUAGAAACACCAUAGAUCCAUUAUAUAUCUCUUUGAAAAUAGGGUUUGAAUAUCACGAGUCGGGUGAGUGGAGGCCCAUACAGGGUAUUUCAAAAUGCACUACAACUAUUUUAGGGCGCAUUUUUGACAUCCAUUUGUUAUAAUUGUUUUUUCAGCAGGAUGAUUUAAAUGAAGGACGUAGGUACUAGGUUAUACAGUCUGACUGGCAAAAAACGCACCAAGCCAUAGCACUGCUAUUAACAUAAUAUAUACAAUGCCAUUUGAAAAAGAAGUCGACAAUCGAUGUCCUUGGUGUUGAAAUUGGAAGAAGAAAUUGUUGUUAGUGUCACCUUGUUUUUCAAAAUCGGAUAGUUUAUAACGACAGUAUGGCUUGGAGCGUUUAUUUCUUUGUUGACUACCUUUGAGGCAAUCAUCAAAAUUGUAAAAACUUACACAGUGGCAUUGAUGCGAUAAAAAUUUGGUAUGUUUUGGGUCAAAAACGGAGUAAAGUUGCAAUUUAGUGGCAUAAAUGAUCCAGCCUUUUCAUUUCUUGCAUUUUUUUUAUACAACCAACCGUGUUUGAGAAAGGUGGUGCAGGGCAUAUUAAUAAAAAAGUUGCAUUUUCACCUCAAAAAUAUGCCCUUGAAAUCUCUGUAGUAAAAUUUGAAGUAUCCUUUUGUGAGCUUUAAUGAAUAGAGUACUUAUAUAUUUUCCCAAACAUGUUCAGUUAGUAUCGAUUUUAAUCAAGUCUUUUUUUAAAUUGUAUUGUGAAAUUUUUUUGUCAAAAAUGUAUAUCUUUUCGUUUUCAUUCCUUUUUAUUAUACACCAUAAGCACCAUCUGAUGUAUCCUGAUGAUAUGAAAACACUAGUACUUUGAGGUUUCCUAAUUGAAUCGUUCAGUAGAACAUCAAUAAAAAUUCAAAAUUUGGGAUAGCUCAUCAUGUAUAUAAAAAUAUACGGUGAGGACCAGAAGUCCUUCGCCCUUCCAUCUUUAUUUUACAUAUUAC